AUGGUGCUGUUCACCACCAAGUUUGUCCAGAGGGCUUCGCUCUUUGUGUCCUUCGGAGGUUUGGUCACAACGUUCGUCACAACCUUCUUGCCCCUAUGGAAGACGAUGAACUCCGAUUUGAAUGAAAUGGAGAACUGGUACGAGGGUCUCUGGCACAUGUGUAUCUACACGGAGGAAGUUGGCAUCCAUUGCAAAGCCUUUGAUUCUUUCUUAGCUCUUCCGCCGGACACUUUCGCUGGCCGGGUUCUCAUGUGCAUUUCCAUCGCCACUGGAAUUCUCGGUGUGGCGGCUGCUUUUUUCGGACUCCGCGGAGUUGAGAUUGGCGCCAGUCGAGAGAGGAUGAAGAGGAAUCUGCUGAUCCUCGGGGGAGUUUUUGUAGUUGUGUCUGGAGUCACGACUCUUGCGGCUGUUUCAUUUAUGGCGUAUGUUAUGGUUGUGAAAUUCUGGGAUGAUGAUCGUCCUGAAGUCAUGCCCGGAUGGGAGUAUGGAGAAGCCAUGUUUUCUGCCUGGUUUGCUGGACUUCUGUUAGUUGUCGGAGGGAGUUUUUUGUUUGUUGCAGUCUGCAUGGGCGAUCAUGAAGUGAAGCUGCAAACUGAAAUGAUUGCACGCUGUCAAGAACAGCGGCCGAGAUCUCUGCAUUACCGAAAGACGGAAAUCAUAUAG